UGUGUGUGUGUGAGUACUCGCCUAUCUGUAUCGAGAAGGAAAACGGGAGAGGGCUUCGGUGGAAAUUGCAAGUAACGCGGUGGCUCAUUCUUCAAAUUCUCGCUGUUUAUCCACCUCCUGGCUCCAGCGACAGCUCCAACGCUCUGAUGGAGGGGGAAAGGUCCGGCGGGGUGGCGGGCGGAACAAAUCAAAGCCCUGCAGGAAGCGGAGCGGGGCGCAAUCCGAACGGCCCGAAGGCUGUGCUCGGUCCCGCUUCCACCGCAGCAGCAGCAGCAGCAGCAGCAGCAGCAGCAGCCGCCGCCGCCGCCGCCGCCGCGUCUGGGGCGAUGGCUGGAUCCUCCCUGACACGGGAAACGCAGGACGGCGAAGCGGGCCUCUCGCUGCCCGGGAUCUUACACUUUAUCCAGUAUGAAUGGAGUCGCUUCCAGGCCGAGAAAUACCGUUGGGAAGCCGAACGAGACGAGCUGAGGGCUCAAGUGGCGUUUUUGCAGGGUGAGAGGAAAGGUCAGGAGAACAUGAAGCAGGAUCUGGUGAGGCGAAUCAAGAUGCUGGAAUACGCACUGAAACAGGAGAGGUCCAAACAUCAGAAGCUAAAAAGCAGCACUGACCAGAGUCCUGGAGAGAAGAAACCAGAAACAGAGGCUGAAACAAUACCCAAUGGACCUGCAGAUACAGACUCUGAGCCAACCAAUCAGAUGCCUUGGAAAGAAGGGCGCCAAUUAUUGCGCAAGUACCUGGAAGAGGUGGGUUACUCUGACACCAUCCUGGACAUGCGCUCCAAACGUGUUCGUUCCCUGCUGGGUCGCAACAGCCCAGAGGCUAAUGGACGUCCUCCCAGUGAACCGCCGGUAGAACCAGAACCACCCCACAGUGGAGGAGAAUCACUACUAGUACGCCAGAUAGAAGAGCAGAUUAAACGGCGUGCUGGGAAAGAGAGUUCUAAAGAACGGAUGGGCAGCUCUGUGCUAGAUAAAAUUCCUUUCCUCCAUGGCUGUGAAGAUGAUGAUGAUGAGGAUGACAGUGAUGAAGAGGAAGACUUCCAAGGCAUGACUACAGACUGCAUCGACGGACACCGCAAAAACAAGAAGUCCAAGGGCAAGAUGGGUGGAGAGCCAAUGACCACAGAUCUUGACCCUGAGGAUGAUGAUGAUGAAGAUGAUUCUGAGGACGCUCUAGGCGAGUUUGAUUUCUUGGCCUCGGGAGAGGAGGGAGAAGGGGCCGGAGAGGCCCGUAUCUCUGGAGACGGACGUGAAUUGGGUUCAGAGAACCGCCGGAACAAGUUGCAGGGCAUUAUGUCGGAUUAUCCCCCCAAACCCACUCCACCGCCUUCCAUCCCAGGCCAGGCGCGCUCCAGUGAGGGGGGCGCUCUAGGCUUCUCGUCUGAUGUCUUCAUACUAGAUGCAGUCGGAGGAGGGGAUAUGAACCUUGGAGAGCUGGCUGACCUUACUGUUGCCAAUGACAAUGACCUAACCAUUGACUUGCAGGAGAGUCGAGAGGAGUUCAAGAAGACAUGGAACCCUCGCUUCACCCUGAGAAGCCACUUCGACGCCAUCCGAGCAUUGACCUUUCACCCCAGUCAGGCCGUGCUGCUGUCUGCAUCUGAGGACGGGACGCUCAAGCUGUGGAACCUCAACAAGGCCAUGCACUCCAAAAAAAAUGCAGCGCUGGACGUUGAGCCCAUUUAUACAUUCAGAGCACACAAUGGUGCUGUUUUGUCUCUGGCCAUGGGGGAGGAAGGGGAGUCAUGCUUCAGUGGUGGUCUGGAUGGAACUGUGCGUGGCUGGAAGAUUCCAGAUCUUAAUGUGGAUCCUUAUGACAACUACGAUCCAGGUGUAGAAAGCAGCGCAUUGUCCGGGCAUGAGGAUGCAGUCUGGGGUUUGGCCUACUCCUCCAGCCUGAAGCGUUUGGCCUCGUGCUCAGCUGACGGCACUGUGCGGAUCUGGGACCCCUACAGUUCCUCUCCAUGUGUGUCUGUCUUCAACAAGGAGAAAGAACAUGGCACUCCUACCUCGGUUGCCUUUGUAAACACUGACCCGUCUCAGGUCGUGGUGUCCUUCGAUGGGGGCGAGACUCUGCUUUAUGACCUCAACACAGAGCAAAGCAUCAUGGUCUUGGAGACCCAGGCUAAGGAUGGCAGCGAGCUGAUUAACCGUGUUGUCAGCCAUCCUUCUCAACCUAUUUCCAUCACAGCCCAUGAGAAUCGCACCAUCCGCUACCUGGACAACAAAACAGGGAAAGUGAUUCAUUCCAUGGUAGCUCACCUGGAUGCUGUAACCUGUCUCACCACAGACCCUAAAGGCACUUACCUCAUCUCCGGCAGUCAUGACUGCUCUGUGCGCUUGUGGAUGCUGGACAAUCGCACGUGUGUGCAGGAGAUCACGGCACACAGGAAGAAGCAUGAUGAGGCCAUCCAUGAUGUGGCCUUCCACCCCUCGCAGCCCUUCAUCGCCAGCGCUGGGGCCGACGCGCUCGCCAAAAUUUUCGUUUGAUUUCCUUACCGGGGAGCAACCCUCACGACUGGGCCAAAAGAGUGAAACACAGAAUAUCCAACAAUGCGUGCACACUCUUUCUCUCUCUCACAUACACAUACACACACACACACACACAAUCACACUAACUUUGAAAGGAAAAAUGUUCUACACAUCAUUGCCUGUGUUAAAGGCACAGAACUCAAUAACCCAUAAUCCUUUUAUCGAUGCCUCACAUUGUGAUAUGAAUUGUACUUCUUUUUAAUACUAAUGAUUUUGCUGCUCUUGUUCUGAUUACAUUGUUAGACAACACUACUAAAUUUUAUUUCGUUCUGACUCUGCACAGUGUGUAGAGAUGGAUGUCCACUCUGUUGACAGAUGGACACACGCAAACACACACACCUUAACACAACACACACACCCUAGAUUUAAUAUCAUGCAUGGUUUAGGUUGAGGACUUGAAGGCUCUCGGUAAACAAGACAUUACCCAAUCAUGAACAUUUUCUCAAUGUAAAUUGCAUUAGUUCGAAUCUGUGAAUUAAUGUCCUCGCGUAACUGUCGCCUGGUAACGUGGGGCGAUUGAUGCAUUUCAUUCCAAAGACUGCUUUAGAUGAGUUUCUUUAUUUAGCAUUUACCUUUAGCUUCACAGCUAAGGGCUUUAGUAUUUCAGAGUUUCAUAAUCACAUCCUUGCAUUUCAUUUGUAUAUCAUGAACUAAAACCAAACACAAGUACCUGCUGUGCGUUUGUGACGGUGUCCAUACAAGCCUGUAAUCACUGUCAUCAUACAUAUUCACUCAGGUGAAGUCAUCUGUAAUACUAAACAACUGUCAAGUAGUGUGUUUGUCCUAGUGGUUGCUCAGUCAGAGGAAUAAUUUGGAAGAUCUUCAGUUGGGUGAACAGGAUUUCAAACUCUUUCUGUAUAUAAACAGAAUGUGCUGAACAUGGCACACUGUCUCACAAUCUUGGUGCUAAGAUCUCUUCUGAAUCAGGGACCUGUUUACGUUGCGGGUCAGAAAGCAUAAAAGUUCGGUUGAUGCCUGCCGUUCCUCUAAGUCAUAAUCUACGGUUCUUUGGCAUUUCAGAGUUACAGCCAGUGCCUCUAGAGUUUCAGAAUUCGGAAGAGCUUUUGUCAGGGUAUUUUUUAAGAUGAUAAAAUCCAACAAAGCAGUUCCACUCUAGAGGAUUGUUGAGGGUUGUUGCCAAAGAACAUGAAUACAAAUUCCAGUGUUUUUACAAAUCCCAUCACAAAUUCCAGUGUAUAUCUGUAUUAUAAAAUCAGUGUCCUGUAACAGCAGAGUUCUUGGGAUAUCUAUUAUCUCAAGCUCUGGUGUUAAUAGUGGGAGGCUUGUCUCGGUUGAAGGUAUCCUGGUUGAACUGGCUCAAAGCAAAGGUCCAAUUGGCUCUUUGAGUGAAGAAAAAGAUUGCCCCCAGCGUUCUUUUGACUACCUAAGGAAUCCAUGCACAGUAACCAAACGUGUGAGAUACAAAUUCAAAAAUGUAUUUUGAUGCUCCUUGUGGCUUUAGUGAGACAGAAGGUUUUGUAGGGUAUUCAAAUUAAAAUGACUCAAAGCCAAGCUCAAAUGGGCUGUUUGAGUGAAGAGAAAGCAAUGUUCCAGCUUUCUGUUGACUUCCAAGAAAUCAAGAUGCAACACUGAAGCUGGAAGGAGACAAAUGGGAAAAGUUAAUUUGAUGCACCUUGUGGUUUCAGCCAAGGCAAGAUAGAAGAUGUUUCAGGAUAUUCUGAUUACAAUGGCUCAAAGCAAAGAUAAGAUGGGCUCUUUGAGUGCAGAUAAAGCAGUGCUCCCAGCUUUCUGUUGACUAAAUGAUGAAUCAAGAUGCACUGGAAACUGUAGGGAAGCUAAUUCAAAAAGUCCAUUGGAUGCACCUUGUGGCUUGAGCCCAGGCAAGAUUGAUUAUUCAGAUCUCCGAUAAAAAAAAUCAGAUAAAAGAAGUGUCUAUAGAAGUGAAGUUGCUUCUAUGGACUACCCAAGCAAUCAAGAUGCAACAUUGAAACUGGAGGGAAAUAAAUUCCAAAGUCUGCUUGAUGGACCUUAUGGCUUUAGUCAAGGUGCAAUGGAAGGUGAUUAAAGAGUUGGAGCCAGAUCUGAUCUUCAGUUGCAUUGAUUUCCACCCUGAACUCUCAAGAUCAAAGGUCACAUCACAUAUUAGCUGUCAAUUCAUUCUUCAAGGUUUAUAAUUGUCUUUUACUGGUUUUCUGUGGUCGUAGAUGGAUAGCUAGAAGGCCGGUUAGAAGAGAUGGAAAGACUGAUGGGUUGAGCACUAUAAUGGUUGAAGAGUUGGAGCCAGAUCUGAUCUUCAGUUCCCUUGAUUACUGCCCUGAACUCUCGAGAUCUCGCCAUUAAGAUCGAUCUAGCAUAAUGGAGACAUUUCAGAUCUUAACAAAACCAGCUCCACCUAAAGUUGUCCCAUUCAUCCAACUUAGAAAGCAAGCCUUCCCACUUGGGGCGUCUGGUGUCUAGCGAGAAAAGCAGGUUUGAUUUGCAAGUUCACAAAUCUACAAAACCUCUCGGAGUGGUUUGAAGGAAUAGUUCACCCAAAACUGAUAAUGCAACGUUCUUUUUGGGUGGAAUAUUCUUUUAUUUGGACAUGAGUAUGUCUUUUGUUUUCAUUGUUUAUGAUUGAGGACGCAGAUUUGUUUUGGGGUAGUUUCCCAGUCAAUGAAUGUCACACAUAACUGUUCAAUGGCAUCCCGUAAUCCUUUGCUGCUUACCUCUUUUCAUGUUUACGUCACACUGCACACUAACAGUUUGUUUUAUGCUACACUGCAUGUGUAGGAUAUAGGUUGGUGCAUCCAUUUAUUGCUGUAUCGUUAAGUUCUCUUCCAAAGACUGCAGAUUGCAUGGGUGUUUAGACGAGUCCUGCUGUCUCUUUUGUACACCAGUUUUUCCACACCCCUCGAUGCAAAGUCUUUAAACUACAAUGACAAAACACAUGCCUUACAGAGAGAGGGCGAAUCAGUGUAAAAAGAACAAAACCGAAAAAGUUUGUUUGACAAACUGCCAAUGCAAAAUGUACGUUUCCCAUUUUUUUCACUUAUUUGCGUUUCUUUACUUGACAUAUUAUCAUUACGAUGUCUAAUAAGGUGUAAGAAGAUGGUAGUACCUUUUUUGCUAGGCUUAAGACUAGCUUGUGAUUGUGAAAAAGCCUAAAAUACAGAAAAUCUUAUGGGGGAAAAAAAAAAAAAUCAGUCCACAGCCAAGGUAAAAUUACAUUUUGUUACAUGUUUUUAUUUUUUAAUCGCAAUUUAUCACUGUGUGAUAUUUUGUACAUCAUGGUAAGCUGUACUCAAACAAUAUCCUCUAACUACAAGGGAUAUUAGGACCAGCCUUUUAUUUAUUUUGAUUAUUUUACAGAUUUUUGAACUGCUUUAUAGCUCCUAUCAAAUUACAUCUUUUCCUUAUUCUUGUUUUUUCUUUCUUUGCAGGUCAUGUGUUGUAUGUAAAAAAAAAAAAAAAAACUAAAUAAAAAACAA